UAGAGAACAACACAGAUGCCAAAGCUCUUCCUUUUCUGUAACAGAGAAAUCGAAACUCAACUAAUCAGGGGGGAAUUUGGACUGGAAUCCUGGUCUCUCAAUUGCCAGCCAUUAUUUUUUUCAUUUCACAACCAUGCCUUCCUAAAGCUGAGGUUCUACAGCAGAAUGUUCACAGUGACUAUCGUCAGGCUUGGAAUUGCAGGUGCUUGUUUUUCUCUAAUUUUUUGCUUAUGAAUUUUUCCAAAUGUUUCUGCAAAGGCAAUGUAUUAAUUUUUCAGUAGUCAUCUAGUGCUUAGAACACUUUCUACAAUGGCAAAUGAUAAUUUAAGAGAAAAUAACGCUGAUGAGCUAAUUCACAUUAAAUACAAGUAGAUCAAUAAAUGUACUUGUCUCAAUAUCUCUAUAUUUUAAUAAGAAAUUACACUUUAACAUCCCAAAAUUGAUCCCAAAGGUGGCUUUUCAGGUCCAACUAUUGUCCAGUGGAGAUAGAUUUGGAGGCAGGUGAGGGGCUUUCCUGGUGGUUCCCCAAAUCUGUUACAGAAGAAUGAAGAGGUCAGGUAAGGCUUAAUAUGUAUAUGUGUGAGCUCACCUCCAAAUGUUUAUAAACUUUUCUGUUCAGAAACAAUAUAUUGGCUUACAAUAUAUGAACAAAGAUAUCAGUGAGGAGUCUUAACAGAUGUAUAAAUAUUUAUAAGGAACCCAGGCUUUAUCUGGAUAAUCUCCAUGUUCACACACCUCUCCACUGCUCCUCUAAGCACUGGAGCAGAGCAGAGAAAACUAAGCCAUGGGAGAGAAGGACAACUACGACCAAAGACAUCUCAAAUGCCCAAACACAGAGCUCAUGAGAACACACAUUCUCACAGGUACACACCAGGAAAUAUUCAUCUUCCUUCUUUGACAGAAGUCAGUUAGUUCCCAGUGUACUAGAAUGGAAUGUAGUAAUGAGACCCACCUCACCAAAAGUGUAGGCUUCUGUCCAGAACUUUCCAUUCUGCCUGGGAGCAGUGGGCAGAGAGAGAUAAUAAAAGUAGGGAGAAGUUAGCUCUUUAUAUGCAGCCCAAAACUUGAGGGGGUCCUCAAGAGAGAGGACAGAGAAGUUCUGAAUUCUCUUCUUCACUCCUUAGUCAGAAAGAUCAUUGGGAACUUUCAUGGGAAAGUUCAAUGGUCAUUUAUACCCAGGGCUAUAUCUUUUCUCUUAUGGACUGUAUCAGGCAACAGUGGUCUUUAAGGCCAUGAUAGUCAAUGACUCUCUCCUGUAUCCUUCAUGUUCUCCAAGAAAUAAGGGAAUAUGGGCCAGGUUGUGGGAAAUAUCCUACCAAAGUUUGUUGAAAAUAGUGACGGGUUCCAUCUUAACGCUUUAUGUGGUCUUCUGUCUUGAUGAUGGGAUGGUGCUGAUGAACAGGGAAAUACCACCAAGAUUUAUGUACCCCAAAGAGUGGCAGCACCUCACCAUGUUCAUCCUCCUCACCCUCAGUGGCUGCGUAGAUGUCACGAGCAAGAACUUGCUGCCUCAGAGGUGUGUGCUCCUAGAAAAAGGUACCCUGACCCUGACCUUCUAUGUGCUCUUGCUGCUGUUGGUGUCACAUGUUCAAGAUUCAACAGGGGUGGAGCUGCAGGUUCAUUCUCUACUCAUCUUGGUGGUGGUCCUGCUGGUGCUGGUGUUGACCAUGGAGCUGUGGGCUCCCAGAGUGUUUCACCUCUCAUUGAUGGAGAUCUUUCUGUUUCUGAUGAUGGGCUCCUGGCUGAUGCAGGCAGGUUUUAUUCUGUACAAACCAGUCACCGGCUAUCCAUGGCAGGAUGAUGACAUCAGUGACAUCAUGUUCGUCACCACCUUCUUCUGCUGGCAUGCGAUGAUCAAUGCUUUGUGCCUGUUGGGAAUCUAUGGAGUGUCUUCCUUUUGGCAUCAUUGUUACAGUCCCAGCUUGAAGCUAACAGGAUGCAAAGAAGCACCAUAUUACGGGAGCACUGAAGGACUCAUGCACAAAUUACUGCUGGAAGUGGAGCAGCCGGAGAAAGAUGACCAAGCUCUUCUCCUUCCAGAGAGCUCACCCUGAGACAGGGCCUAGGAUGCCUGGCACACUGUCCACCCCUUCUUCCUCCUUGUAGGUUCUCUGACAUGAGCGUUGUAGCCUCUUUGGUCCCCAGUGAAGGUAAUGGCCG